CUAUGUGGACACAGAGGUCGAAAUGAAGGAGAUCUACACCUCCUCCCAUAUCUGGAAGCUCUUUGAUAACUUCCUGGUGGACAUGGCCAGUGUGUGCAACACUACAACGGAGCGUAGCCAUGCAGAUCUAGCCCUGGAGAAGUAUGUGACGGAGACGGUGAUGGCCAUUGUCAAGGGUUUCUUCAGCUCUCAGUUCUCUGUUAAUCACUCUAACCUACAGACAAACCAGUCUAUCUUCAUCAAGCUCCUCCAGUCAGCCUUCCGGAUUUACAACUGCACAUGGCUCAGCUCAGCUCAGAAG